GACUAAUGCGUUGUGCCUGCUGUGGCCUGAAAGAAAUUCAGACGACUCAUUUGUUCACAUGUUCACUGUCGCAACACAGCUCUUAUCCGCGGCCAGGCUUGGAUUCAAUUGUGUUUAAUAUAUGCACCAUGGAACAACCAGAUUUAAAUUACUUGAAGAUGGUUAUACGGAGUGUUUUAACAAGCUCUCCGGGUAAAGUGACAAUAUCGCAAAUAUCAACUGACUACUCUGAUUUUGAAGGUUGUCAUUUAUCAUUUGAGCAUUUGGGAUUCAAGACUAUUUAUGAGUUACUAGAAAAUAUGUCUGAUGUUCUUAGAGUAAGUUGAAAAAAAUAUUUUAUUAAUAAAUUGCAAUACUUUUUUAGAUGAUUGUCAGAGCUUAUUUUAGGUAACUGCAUUCAAUAAAUUUGUACAAAAAAUAAUCAUAGUUAAUUUGUUUAUUUAAU